AUGGACCCUAAAAUACAUCCGGCCAUAACCGUUUCGAACAUCAAAAAUUUUAUACCUCUCACUCUUGAAAUGGAAACAAGCCAAUAUGCAUCAUGGGCCGAACUUUUCAAGAUUCAUUGCCGAGCGUUUCAGGUCAUUGACCACCUAUCUCCACGCAAAGAAAAUCCAUUACCCGUCGCUGUUAAAGAAGGUGACAAAGACAAGUCGCCUGCUCCAACGGACGAUGUGUGGAAUCGUCUUGAUGUCAUAGUACUUCAAUGGAUCUAUGGCACCAUAUCUAGUGACCUUUUAUGCACUAUUAUUCGACCCGAUUCAUCCGCAUGCUAUGCUUGGACAACCUUAAAAAGUAUUUUUCAUGAUAAUCAGGCUACACGGGCGGUCCUGUUGCAACAAAAAUUCGCCAACCUCAAGCUUGACUCUUUCCAAUCCAUGACGGCUUAUUGCUAG